CCCCGCCCCAGGGGCGUUCCCGGCUGUGGCGACGAUCCUAACGGGCUCCUGUGGCUCCCGGCGCCCCGCCCUCCCCGGCCCGCCCCGGGCUCCAUCUUGCCACCGACUGGGUUGGGCUGUGACGCUGCUCGCUGGUGUCAGAAUGUCAUACCCAGGCUAUCCCCCCACGGGCUACCCAGCUUUCCCGGGAUAUCCUCCUGUGGGUCAGGAGUCAUCUUUCCCCCCUCCGGGUCAGUAUCCUUAUCCUAGUGGCUUUCCUGCAAUGGGAGGAAGUGCCUACCCAGCAGCACCAGGUAGUGGCUACCCAGCAACUGGAGGCUACCCUGCUGCAGGUGGUUACCCAGCCCCUGGAGGCUAUCCUGGUGCCCCACAGCCAGGAGGAGCUCCAUCCUAUCCUGGAGUUCCUCCAGGCCAAGGCUUUGGAGCCCCACCCGGUGGAGCAGGCUUUUCUGGCUAUCCACAGCCGCCUGCACAGUCUUACGGAGGCGGCCCGGGACAGGUCCCACUACCUGGUGGCUUUCCUGGAGGACAGAUGCCUUCUCAGUUUCCUGGAGGACAAGCUCCUUUCCCUAGUCAGAUCAAUACAGAGUCCUUUCCUUCCUAUCCUGUUUUCUCUCCUGUUUCUUUGGAUUAUAGCAGUGAACCUGCUGCGAUGACUCAGGGAACUCAAGGAACAAUUCGACCAGCUGCCAACUUUGAUGCUAUGAGAGAUGCAGAAAUUCUUCGUAAAGCCAUGAAGGGUUUUGGGACAGAUGAACAGGCAAUUGUGGAUGUUGUGGCCAACCGUUCCAACGAUCAAAGGCAAAAAAUUAAAGCAGCUUUUAAGACCAUGUAUGGAAAGGAUUUAAUUAAAGAUCUCAAAUCAGAGUUAAGUGGCAAUGUGGAAGAACUGGUCCUUGCCCUGUUCAUGCCAACCACAUAUUACGAUGCUUGGAGUUUACGGAAUGCAAUGAAGGGAGCAGGAACUCAGGAACGUGUAUUGAUUGAAAUUUUAUGCACAAGAACUAAUCAGGAAAUCCAAGAAAUUGUCAGAUGUUAUCAGUCUGAAUUUGGACGAGACCUUGAAAAGGACAUUCGGUCAGACACAUCGGGGCAUUUUGAACGUUUACUUGUAUCCAUGUGCCAGGGAAACCGUGAUGAGAACCAGAAUGUUAACCACCAGUUGGCUCAGGAAGAUGCUCAGCGUCUCUAUCAGGCUGGCGAGGGGAAAUUGGGGACAGAUGAAUCUUGCUUUAACAUGAUUCUUGCCACACGAAGCUUUCCUCAGCUGAGAGCUACCAUGGAGGCUUAUUCCAGGAUGGCUAACCGAGAUUUGUUCAGCAGUGUUGGCCGUGAGUUUUCCGGAAACGUUGAGAGUGGUUUGAAGGCCAUCUUGCAGUGCGCCCUGAACCGCCCGGCCUUCUUUGCUGAGAGGCUCUACUAUUCUAUGAAAGGUGCCGGCACAGAUGACUCCACCCUGAUCAGGAUUGUGGUCACUCGAAGUGAGAUUGAUCUUGUACAAAUAAAACAGAUAUUCUGUCAGACGUAUCAGAAGACCCUGGGCACAAUGAUUGCAAGUGACACCAGUGGAGAUUACCGAAAGCUGCUUCUAGCCAUCGUGGGCCAGUAGGAGGUUGUUUUGUUUUGUUUUGUUUUAAUUAACGAAGCUAUUCAGAGCUUAUCCUUCAAAGCCAUGACAGACCAGCAUGCAGCAAUAUCAACUAUCAUCUAACCAAAAGAGCUUUUUACUGAAGACUGUGUCAGGGUAGUGCUUGGUUUGCACAUGUGGUUAUUGCCUUAAUGCCAAUGUUAUUUUUUCUCUGUAUACAAUCAAUGUAAAGCCAUAUCAUAAUGAUGUAGUACUGAUGCAAUAUUUGUAAAGCAUAAUUUUCUCACUGCUGUUAUUCUAAUCAGGAUACCAAAUUGAAUAAAAAUCACAGCAAUCUCUAA